AUGGGGAGCCCAUCAUCACGAAUCCUCUUGGGAUUCAGGCGGCGACUAUCAUACCAUGCGUUUGAGAGGUUAUCUAGGCGUGGUCUCGCCUCUGUCGCUUUUGACGCUGAUCCGCCAAUGGAAGACCCAUCGCCCUCGCAAUUACUCCGAUAUACUCUCACAAGUUCAAAUCCGCUCAGCACCGAGACUGAAAAUGAUACUCUUUUGCGAGAACAAAUCCUAUCACUUAUCGACACCCAAUGGAUAUCAGGCAAUCCACCUCCGGCCUUAUGGUGUGCCCUCAAGGGAGUUCACCCCACAACUCGAAAAGAGGAGGCAAAGCGUCUACAUUCGGUCAAUGAUAUAUCAUCACUGAGAUCCGUUGUUGAGAGACUGGUGGUAGAUCAGCAGGGUGUGAAGCUACUGAAUCAUUAUCUUUUUGCUACUGGGGUCCUUCAGCGUUGUGAAGAGAAUAAUACUUAUUCGGAGCUUGUUUCGGCAUUGAGCGACAUCGCAACUCGACACGUUCGUCUUCAACUGCCUCGUCUUAAUACUGAUCGUGGCCUUGAUUAUGCUGCACUCGAUCUUUCGAUGCCUGCGUUCCAGCACUUUUUGCACAACCGCCAAGAACUUUAUGCCCCCCCACUGAGCUUUUCCAAUGGUGGCUCUGUUAUCAACGCGCUGUUUGAGUCAAUCGAGUCGGUGCUGUUUGAACGCCCCAAUUACGAUACCAGUUAUGUCCUCGCUAGUCUCACGGGUGAAGGAGAACGGACCCCUCGAGACCGGCCUACCUUACACGAUGUUCUCCAUGAGUCCCCUGGUAAAGACAGGCGAAAUUGGACCACAUAUCUUUGCGUCCUUGCAAGGCUCUACAGUCGGGAUGCUCUGAUCAACUCGUGGAAACAAUACAUGGCCGACUUUGACAGACGUAGUCGAGAUUCAUGUCACCUCGCCUAUAAUGUCAUUCUAGCUCUAGUCCGAUCUAGACGGUCAGACGAAGCUGCAGUCCUUCUAGAAGAUAUCUCCCAACGAAGCAAGGAUUCCUUGCCUCACAUUGCAACACUUCGGAAUACCCAGGCUCUUCUUGAUGACCCGGUGGUGAGCGAAGCUCUUCCAGACUUGGUCAAGGGCCACCACUAUGACGAGCUUCUUGAAACUCGUCUCUUGGACAUGGAAUCAAGACUGGGAAUACGAUGGGAAGAGACCCAACGGCAAGCCAAAGGCAAGGCUCAUAUCGGGGUUACGCCAGACUCGCCGUGGAAAAUCUUUAAAGACCAGCCUCUGUUCACCAUCGAUGGCGAUUGCGCUGGCUAUGAGGAUUCAGUUCGACUGUGGUCUGAAAUUCGAGCCCAUGGUUGCUCCAAAUCUCGGAAUAAUCUUCUACGGAUCGUUGAUGUUUUGAAUGAGCAGGACGGCACCCCUCAGAGAGUGGCCGUUCGGCCUGUUGGGCAAGAUAUGCAGGAAUCUUUCCAAUCAGACUUUCCGUCCAUUGAAUUCCAGUGGAACCCAGAGCACUCACCCCUCGAAUUCUCUGAGAGUCCUCUCCCGGCCGUAUCAGACCGUUCGGCAAAAUGCACGCCCGUCACGCUCGGGCUGCUUCGGGCUCGUGCGACGGUCAACGGUGUGCCCCAGGAUAACAACAAAUGCCUGCAUUUGAUACAGCUGGGGUCCCUUGACAUGCGCUUCGGUGCGGAGGACUCUUGGCUACCCUCAGGGUAUAUUGUAGCCUGGGACCGACAAUACGGCGAGAUGAUCGCCCUGUACGUAGGCGCAGGAUACGGAGUCAUUGAUCGCGGUUCGACACCAAUGGACGCCCCCUUUGGAGCUAUCGUGCACAUCCGUCCGGUACAUGUGCCCCACGAUGAGAGUUGGCAUUUUGAUCGAUAUUCUCGAAUUCCCGCGAGAUCGUACUAUCUCGACCUCGAUCCGAGUCCCGAUCUGGGAUUUCGUUAG